AUGACGACGGAGAAACUGCUCCUCCCGAACGGCGUUAAAUCCGACAGCGUCAUCAGAAGAAACAGAACUUCCGGAGCUGAUGCUGCGGCGGCGGCGGCGAAUUUUCUCGGCGGCGGAAGUAAGAUAUUUGACGAGCUCCCGAAGGCUGCGAUCGUCUCCGUCUCGCGACCGGACACCACCGAUUUUAGCCCCUUGCUUCUUUCUUACACCUUGGAGCUUCAGUAUAAACAGUUCAAGUGGACAUUACAAAAGAAAGCUUCUCAAGUCCUAUACCUACAUUUUGCUUUGAAGAAACGUUUGAUCAUUGAAGAACUCCACGAGAAGCAUGAACAUGUUAGGGAGUGGCUGCACAGCUUGGGGAUCUUUGAUAUGCAAGGAUCAGUUGUGCAAGAUGAUGAAGAACCCGACGAUGGUGCUCUUCCUCUGCACUACACUGAAGAUAGUGUCAAGAACAGGAACAUUCCUUCGCGUGCAGUGUUGUCAAUUAUCCGUCCAACAAUAGGCCGGUCAGAGACAGUUGUAGACCGAGGGAGAACCGCAAUGCAAGGCUACUUGAAUCUCUUUCUAGGGAACUUGGAUAUUGUCAACUCUAAAGAGGUCUGCAAGUUCCUUGAAGUUUCAAGACUCUCGUUUGCUAGAGAGUACGGUUCGAAGAUGAAAGAAGGUUAUGUCACAGUGAAGCACUUGAGGGAAGUCACUGGCUCUGAUGGUGGCCGAUGCUGUUUUCCUUCACAUUGUCUUGGCUUCUUCGGAGCUAGCUGGACAAAGGUUUGGGCGGUUCUGAAACCAGGAUUCUUGGCGUUACUAGAAGAUCCAAUUAGCGGAAAGCUUCUAGAUAUAAUGGUGUUCGACUCAUUAGGGUUCCAGGAUACGAAAGAGUCUUCUGAGCAACCGCAUUUAGCCGAGCAGGUGAAGGAACGCAACCCAUUGCGUUUUAGCUUUAACGUUACAAGUGGAGACCGAACCGUGAAGGUGAGAACGACGAGCAGCAGGAAAGUCAAAGAGUGGGUUAAGGCCGUGGACGAGGCUGGUUUGUACAGUCCACAUCGGUUUGGUUCGUUUGCUCCGCCUAGAGGAUUGACAUCAGAUGGAAGCCAGGCUCAGUGGUUCGUCGACGGUCACACUGCGUUUGAAGCGAUUGCGUUUGCAAUCCAAAACGCAACAUCAGAGAUAUUUAUGACCGGUUGGUGGUUAUGUCCGGAGCUGUAUCUCAAACGCCCAUUUGAAGAUCAUCCGUCUUUGCGGCUCGAUGCAUUGCUUGAGACAAAAGCAAAACAAGGCGUUAAGAUUUAUAUUCUUCUGUAUAAGGAAGUUCAAAUUGCGCUGAAGAUCAACAGUAUGUACAGCAAGAAACGGCUCCAAAACAUUCACAAGAACGUCAAAGUCCUUCGUUAUCCAGACCAUAUCUCCACUGGAAUUUACCUCUGGUCGCACCACGAUAAGAUAGUGAUUGUAGAUUACCAAGUUUGCUUCAUCGGAGGGUUGGAUCUCUGUUUCGGCCGAUACGAUACAGCUGAACACAAAAUUGGAGAUUGUCCUCCUCAUAUAUGGCCAGGAAAAGAUUACUAUAACCCUAGAGAAUCUGAACCAAAUUCAUGGGAAGAAACGAUGAUAGAUGAGCUAGACCGGAGAAAACUCCCGAGAAUGCCGUGGCACGAGGUCCACUGCGCUCUCUGGGGACCGCCUUGUCGCGAUGUGGCUCGACAUUUCGUCCAGCGGUGGAACCACUCUAAGAGAAACAAGGCACCGAAUGAACAUACUAUUCCAUUGCUGAUGCCUCAUCACCAUAUGGUUCUUCCUCACUACUUGGGAACUAGAGAGAUCGAUAUUAUCAACACAGCUAAACCAGAGGAAGACCCUGAGAAGCCUGUUGUUCUUGCCAGACAAGACUCGUUCUCAUCUGCCUCACCUUCUCAAGACAUCCCUUUGCUUCUCCCGCAAGAAACCGAUGCAGACUCCACCAGCGAAGAAGAUAUGAAGUUUGACAGCGGUUCCAGACAAGAUCUCAAUCAUCGGAAUGGUCGACAUGAGUUUCCUGGUGAAACUUCAGAGGAGAGCGACCGGGAUGAGAAUGUGAACGAGUGGUGGUGGCAGAUCGGUAAGCAAAGUGAUUGCCGGUGUCAGAUCAUUAGAAGUGUUAGCCAAUGGUCCGCUGGGACUAGCCAGCCUGAAGAUAGCAUUCAUCGAGCUUACUGUUCUCUCAUCCAAAACGCUGAGCAUUUUAUCUACAUCGAGAACCAAUUCUUCAUCUCUGGGCUAGAGAAAGACGACACGAUUCUAAACCGCGUUGCCGAAGCGUUAUACAGACGCAUUCUCAAGGCUCAUAAAGAGAACAAAUGCUUCCGUGUCGUGAUCGUUGUACCGCUCCUCCCUGGAUUUCAGGGAGGUAUUGAUGACUUUGGAGCAGCCACGGUUCGAGCACUGAUGCAUUGGCAGUACCGUACCAUCUCCAGAGAACGAACUUCGAUUCUUGACAACCUUGACGCUUUGCUCGGUUCCAAGACGCAAGAUUACAUCUCUUUCUAUGGUCUGAGAUCGUACGGACGGUUGUUCGAGGGUGGUCCAAUUGCCACUAGCCAGGUUUACGUGCAUAGCAAGCUACUCAUCGUUGAUGACCGGAUCGCGGUGAUUGGAUCGUCUAAUAUCAACGAUCGGAGCUUACUAGGCUCACGAGAUUCUGAGAUCGGAGUUGUGGUCGAAGACAAAGAAUUUGUGGAAUCUUCGAUGAACGGAGUGAAGUGGAUGGCCGGAAAAUUCUCGUAUAGUCUCAGAUGUUCCCUUUGGUCGGAGCAUCUUGGCCUUCCAGCCGGAGAGGUGAAAAUGAUUGAAGAUCCAAUAAAAGAUGCAACAUACCAUGACUUGUGGAUGGCCACGGCUAAGAAGAACACCGACAUCUACGACCAAGUCUUCUCUUGCAUCCCUAAUGAACAUAUACGCUCAAGAGCUGCAUUGAGGCAAAACGUGUCUCUUUGUAAAGAGAAGUUGGGUCAUACGACGAUCGACCUUGGCAUUGCACCGGAGAAGCUGAAACCAUGCGGCAGCGACUCUUGGGAGAUGCUGAAGGAGACAAGAGGGCACCUUGUGUGUUUCCCAUUACAGUUCAUGUGUGAUGAAGAAGAUUUGUUACCGGGUUUCAACGAAUCUGAGUUCUACACUGCUCCUCAAGUCUUCCACUAA